AUGGAUCCAAUCAGUAUCAUAACUGCCGCUGCGUCCCUGGCGGGUGCUGUCUUCGCGGCCUCUCUCAAAAUCAAGGACACCUUUGAUGAGCUCGAUAACGCCCCGCAGAAUGUCUGCGACAUUGCCGAAGAGAUUUACGCCGUUAAAUAUGCUCUCACUCAAGUUGAGGACGUUGUACGCCGAGACCCCAACGUCAUUGACCGGCUCGCACUGGAAGAUGUCUUCGCCUUGGCGGUCAAAGGUUGCCAUGCAAUAUUGAUGUCUAUCCAUAAGGAGUACGAGCAGCUUUUUGCUCGGAAAGACUGGAAGGCGAAGUUCAUGGUCAUCUGGAAGGACAGCGAGAUGACGCGUCUGCUGGAUCGACUUGACAGGAAGAAGGCUACACUGACGCUGCUUACGCAAACACUCAACCUCCGAUCGACACAAGACAUCAAGGACCUUCUUCUACAGAACCAAUCGACGCUAAUCGCGGCAAGCCAGGACAAAACCGAUGAGGUUGUGCAUUCCUCAGAGCUUCAAGCCAGAUACUCUUCAGAAGAGACACUUGUCAACGAUCUCCACGCAGAUAACGAAUCCGUGCUGAGUACGACGGAGUUUGAUUUCGACUUCGACUUGAUUAACACGCGUACCUACAGACGAGCACUUGCGAGGGCACAAACAGCUAGCAAGAUCUCAAAACCUGCUUCAAUCAACGUGGAUAAGCCACUUCCCCAGAUUAUGGCUGAGAAGUCUCCCGUAUCAUCGGAAUCUGGCCAAACAGAGGUUUCUGACAUUGCCACGAGCCCAGUCAACUUACCCGGGACCCAACCUUCGUUAAGUCGUGCGACAACACUGCUGCCUGAAACUGAAGGAAUUGAGCUCGGUGUUUUAAACUCGGCACUUGCGGGAGCCUCGUAUAACGAGGGUUUGCAAUCCACAGAGCAAAUCGAUGUCCCGGCGAGGCUGGAUUCAAAGUCAGGGUCUAAAGUCGCAGUAUCGGUGCUCCAAGAGGAGCCGCAGGGUGAAAGAGACUCGAAACACCCGUAUCGAAAGAGGCCGCAUAAGCAUAAAUCAAGAAACCGGCUUCAGUCAGGAGAAAGUACAGAAAAGCCUCACAGGAGACGAAUCCAUGGAAAACCACCUUUGCCAAAGCCCUUCGCGGAUUUCACUUCACGACACGCAGCAUCGCAAUUGGAAUGUGGCACUGAAGCGAUGAAACAAACAUCGGAAGAAAUGGUCCAAACCAAUUCAAAUGAUGCUGAAGGCGAAGGUGAUGCGUCAAAAUACAGGCAUAAGGGUGGCUGUAAACAUGAUUCCCGACACAGACUUCGCGCGAACAGAUCCGGUAGUAAGGAAAAUGAUGAAGGCGCUUCUGCUCUCCUGUCUAAAGCGCUCAAAGGGAGACAUCCGAGAGGGGUUCACCGUGCUGUUGGUAUGGUAGAGGAUUCAAUGCGCCAUCUAAGCAUCACGGACUCUGUGCCACUGAGAAGUGAAAACGGGCGACGAAGGCAAGCUGUAUGA